AGCGAGGAGCAGCGGGAUGAGACACAGACCAGCGGCUGUACCGGACACACGCACCGCUGCCGACUCCCCCACCGCACGGAUAACUUACCGCCGGAUCCCCGGACACCCCCCAGCACGGCACGGUCUAACUCUUCCAGCUGUCGUUCUGCAUUGACAGCGCGCUCUGAGAAAAGACUCAGGCUGUGCCUCAGACACUUUUCCUUGACACCCAAAUGCUGUGCAUCGAACAUCGUGCCAGCCAGUCUCUGUGAGUUAUGACGACGGUUACUUCAUCAACUCAGGAAAGAGGCUCCUCCUCCACUCACCACUCUGCAAAUCACAUGAUGUAAAGUACAAGGGUCCUACAAGUCUGCUCUUCAAGGAGUCUGCCAGCAGGAUAUGAGUAUUUUGAGCCCUGUGACAGAUAACAAAUCAAACCUUGUGGGAAUUGUGGGAGGCCCAGAAGAAUACUCCAGAGCCAUGCAGUCAGAAGAGUUAUUUAGCAGGAAACUCAAAGCUCUGAAUGGUAGCAUGGGACCACCAACCACCAACAUGCAGGGGAAACCUGAUGUUUCAGGCAAAACAAAUGGUACUCCAGCCAUGCCUAAAAUGGGCGUCAGGGCCAGGGUGACCGAAUGGCCACCAAGGAAUGAUGGAUGGGAUGGACGGCCUUCACCCAACUAUCAGAGUGUGAUACCAGUGUUUCAGAAUGGCCAGCAUGAGCAUGUAGUGGAAUUAAUUGAGGAAGGUGAAGAAGUUUGCGUGGAAAUAGACUAUACAGACAAAUACACAAUAAGUGACCUCCUCUGCCACUCACCACAGAGGGGUCUUCACCCAAUCCGCCAGCGCAGCAACAGCGAUGUCACAAUAAGUGACAUUGACUCCGAGGACAUAAUGGACCAGAAUGCUGUCAAUCCAAACACAGGGGCCUCUCUGCACCGCGAGUAUGGCAGUACAUCCUCCAUUGACCGUCAGGGUCUGAGUGCUGAUGGCUUUUUCACCAUGCUUAGGGGCUACCGAGUAGACACCUUAGACCACCGUAGCAUACCACCUAUGGGUUUCCCUGAGUUGUUGCGGUGUGAUGCCGCCCUCUCCCCCAGCCUGCAGACAGCAGCCCAAAUUGCUAGGGGAGAGAUAGUCCACAUUCCAGGCUAUGACUACAUAGACAAUUCUCUCCUCUACACCCGCGAGCGGGAGAAGUCCUUCAUGAGGCGUCUCAAAUCAGAAUCAUCUGAAACGUCUCUCUUCAGGAAACUGCGGACCAUAAAGAGUGAGAGUGAUGCUUUGCGGCUGUCAUUAGAGGAUGACCGGCGACCGCUAAGCUUCCAAAAAUGCUUCGCCCACUAUGAUGUCCAGAGUGUUCUUUUUAACAUCAGUGAAGCGGUGGCCAGCAGAGCAACCCUCAAUCAGAGGAAGAACACAACCACCGGGGCUUCAGCUGCCUCCGCUGGAGUUAUCCCUGGAGGGGUCCCUGGAGCUGUUGGAAGUGUUGGAGGUGGAGCCAUACUUGGGCCUGGACCAGGAUCAGGGGCAGAUUGUGGAGCAGCAGGAUGUAGCAGUGGAAAUGCCCCAAUGUUUGAAUCUCCAUUAGGCAGCAGAGAGGACUUGAACCCCAAAGAGAACCUUGAUGUUGAUGAGGGAGAUGGGAAGAGUAGCAAUCUAGUGCUAAGCUGCCCACACUUUCGCAAUGAGGUCGGUGGUGAGGGUGAGAGGAAGAUCUCCCUCUCCAGAGCCAACAGUUCCAACUACAGUACUGUGUCAGAGAGCUGCUCUUUUGAAUCAUCUUUAAGUUCCCACUGCACCAACGCAGGAGUCUCUGUCCUGGAGGUCCCACGUGAAAACCAGCCAAUCCACAGGGAGAAGGUCAAACGGUACAUCAUUGAACACAUUGACCUUGGAGCAUACUACUACCACAAGUACUUUUAUGGAAAAGAGCAUCAAAACUAUUUCGGUGUAGACGACAAUCUGGGACCUGUGGCAGUCAGCAUCCGCCGCGAGAGGUUGGAUGAUGGAAGGGAGAAAGAGGGAAUGCAGUUUAACCAUCGGGUCACCUUCAGAACCAGCCAGCUGACCACACUUCGUGGAGCCAUCUUGGAGGAUGCCAUUCCAUCCACAGCGAAACACGGGACUGCCCGAGGCCUGCCGCUGAAAGAGGUGCUCGAGUACGUAAUUCCCGAACUCAACAUCCAGUGUCUGAGGCUGGCCCUCAACUCCCCGAAGGUCCCGGAGCAGCUCCUGAAGCUGGACGAACAGGGGCUAAGCUUCCAGCACAAGGUGGGGGUGCUCUACUGCAAGGCGGGCCAGAGCACAGAGGAGGAGAUGUACAACAACGAGAGUGCGGGCCCGGCGCUCGAGGAGUUCUUGGAUCUGCUCGGCCAGAGGGUGCGGCUGAAGGGCUUCACCAAGUACAGGGCCCAGCUGGAUAACAAGACCGACUCCACAGGCAUUCACUCUCUGUACACCACCUAUAAGGACUACGAGCUGAUGUUUCACGUGUCCACCAUGCUCCCCUACACGCCCAACAACAGACAGCAGUUAUUAAGGAAGAGGCACAUUGGCAAUGAUAUCGUCACCAUAGUGUUCCAGGAGCCCGGGGCCCUUCCUUUCACUCCAAAAAGCAUCCGCUCUCAUUUCCAACAUGUGUUUGUCAUCGUCAAAGUCCACAACCCCUGCACUGAAAACGUCUGCUACAGUGUCUCUGUCUCCAGGUCAAAAGACGUGCCUCCUUUCGGCCCCCCUAUUCCCAAGUCUGUAACGUUCCCAAAGUCAGCAGUUUUCAGGGACUUCCUGCUCGCCAAGGUCAUCAAUGGAGAAAAUGCCGCACACAAGUCGGAGAAGUUCCGAGCCAUGGCGACUCGUACAAGGCAGGAGUACCUGAAGGACCUGGCGGAGAACUUCGUUAGCACUGCCACUAUUGACUCUGCUGUCAAAUUCAGCUUCAUCACCCUCGGAGCUAAGAAGAAGGAGAAGGUGAAACCAAGGAAGGACGCACACCUGUUCAGCGUGGGGGCCAUCACCUGGAGUGUCCGCACCCGGGACUUCGGCCAAUUGAUGGAUGUGGACUGCUUGCUCGGCAUAUCCAACGAGUUCAUCGUCCUCAUUGAGGAGGAGUCGAGAAACGUGGUUUUCAACUGCUCCUGUCGCGACGUCAUCGGAUGGACCUCAGGGAUUAUGAGCAUUAAGAUCUUCUAUGAGCGCGGGGAGUGUGUCAUGCUGUCUGCACACGACAACUGUGGAGAAGACAUCAGGGAAAUGGUGCAAAGACUAGAGAUCACUACCAGAGGCUGUGAAACAUCAGAUAUAACUUUGCGUCGGAACAGCCUCGGCCAGCUUGGUUUCCACGUAAACUUUGAGGGCAUCGUGGCCGACGUGGAGCCCUUUGGCUUUGCCUGGAAGGCAGGCCUGAGGCAGGGCAGCCGACUGGUGGAGAUCUGCAAGGUGGCCGUUGCUACUCUCUCUCAUGAGCAAAUGAUUGACCUGCUGCGCACCUCCCUCGCUGUCAAAGUGGUCAUUAUCCAACCUCAUGAAGACGGAACCCCACGAAGGGGCUGCUCCGAGCUCUACCGCAUACCCAUGGUGGAGUACAAGGUCGACAGCGAGGGCACACCCUGCGAGUACAAGACCCCCUUCCGGAGAAACACCACCUGGCAUCGCGUGCCCCCGACUGCCGGUCCGGCGCUGUCCCGAAGCUCACCAACGCAGGGCCCUGAUCGCCUGCAGUGCCAGCAGAUCCUUCAGCAGCACCAGGCAGGGAUCCCGCGAAGCACCUCCUUCGAUAGGAAGCUGCCAGAUGGGUCCAGGACAAUGCAGGAUAUUGAAAAUCCCCAGGUCACCUCAUGCAACAAGGGGGACCAGCACUACCGCAGCUCCCCCAGUAACCAGUCCUCCUCCAGUGAUCCAGGACCCUGCGGCAGCGGCACCUGGUCCCAGCAGCCUGGAUACGACGGGUGUCCUUCCCCUAUUCUUCAUGAGCGUGCAGGGGACAUCCAGGGGGGUGACGGGGAGAUCCACAGGGAGAGAGAGCCUACUCUGGAGAGGACCAGAUCUGCAGAGGCCAAAUGGCACAUCCCCUCCACCAAGAUCCUGAACCCUCUGAAGCAAAGAGAAGGAGGAAAGGACUCACCCAACAAGCUGUCCAGGACGGGCGAUAAAAAUUCCAGCCACUCGAGUAGCAACACUCUGUCAAGCAACGCCUCCAGCAACAGCGAUGAUAAGCACUUUGGCUCCGGAGACUUGAUGGACCCGGAGAUGCUCGGACUCACCUACAUCAAAGGGGCGUCCACAGACAGUGGCAUUGACACUAAUCCCUGCGUGGCCCCCGGGGCCCGGGUGUUGCUGCAGGGCAGGAUGGGGGAGCAGGGACACCCCUGGGUGUCGGAGCACCACGAGGACGGGGCAUCAGAGGAGGAUCACGGGAAAAUGUACUUACCGCAGGGAUACGCUUCGGCUAUUAUGUCGAGUCACGCAACAGAGGGCAGCAUCGGGGACCUCAGCGAGAUUUCUUCACAUUCAAGUGGCUCACACCACUCUGGCAGUCCCCUCGCCCGUGGGGCCAGAUACUGUAUAUCCGCUGACUCGUCCAAGGUGUACACCAUCCCCCAGACCAGCAGCUCAGGGCCAGAGCCAGAGCCGGGGCCCAGCUCGGAGGCCUGUGGACAGACACGGUCCGAGCUUGGCUGUACACUGCUGCUGGGGGCGAAGACUACUGGCGAUGAUGAUGAAGACCGCAGCACUGAGGGACCUCCCAACAUUUCAGAGUGUGGAGGAGCGGAGAGCUUGUUAGCCUUCCUUCUCAAAAUGCUGGCUGAUCGCUCAAGGCAGCUGUACGCACAGGAGGCUGCCUGCCGGCUCCAGGAUGCAGAGCGGGAUGGGAAAUCGCUGCAGAGGCUCACAAAAGAAGAAUACCUUAAAAUGAUGCUGCCCGACAGCCCCCCGGGAGACGACAGGAGUCGGAAGGGGUCGGCGGUCGGCAGUUUAUCACCGAGACGCUCCCUGUACCGGACGCUGUCGGACGAGAGUGUGUGCAGCAACCGCAAGGGUUCGUCCUAUGCCAGCUCGCACAGCUCCAUGCUGGACCAAGCCAUGCCCAAUGACAUCCUCUUCAGCACCACCCCACCUUACCACAGCACACUGCCCCCUCGCAUUGUCCACAACCAGGGAGCAUCCAACCUCAGAAAUGAGUUUUGGUUCUCUGACGGCUCCUUGGCGGACAGGUCCAAGUUCAGCGACCCGGGCCUCAUGCCCCUCCCAGACACCGCCUCGGGCCUGGACUGGACCCACCUGGUUGAUGCAGCACGAGCCUUCGAAGAUCAACGCGUGGCGUCCUUCUGCACCAUGACGGACAUGCAGCGCGCCGAGGCCUUGCAGAUCUCCAGAGAGCUGACCAGACGUGUGGUGGAGGCGGAGGGAGCGGCGCUGGAAGCAAGCGGCUCUCCCUCUACGCUAACCGGCAAAGUCAACCAGUUGGAGGUGAUCCUCAGGCAGCUGCAGCAUGACCUCAGAAAGGAGAAAGAGGACAAGGCGAUGUUGCAGGAGGAGGUGCAACACCUGAGGCAGGAUAACAUGCGGCUGCAGGAGGAGAGCUUGUCGGCGUCGGCUCAGCUCAGGAAGUUCACAGAGUGGUUCUUUCAUUCCAUCGACAAGAAGCCCUGAGAGGGACGGAGAGAGAGAGAGAGACCUGCAGAAAGAGGGGAAGAGAGGACGAGAUGGUCUUCACUCCUCCUAGGCACCCACUCAACUCCUACUUAAGCCUCCCAGAUGAUCCACAGGCAAACAAACUUUCAAACAAACCUUUACAGGCCCCUAGAGAAAUUAAGACUCAUUAAAAAAAAUAAGCCCUGUGGCUUUAGGAGACUGUCGUGCAGCCGUGUGUGGAGUGACUUGAAACCCUGAUCUGGACCUUUUAGCUUCGGGAUCGUCCUCUUGUCUGCAGUGCGGGGCUGUUUCUUGCUUUAACGGUUUUCUGUGCUGGGAAAUAGGACUCUCGGGAAGCGGCCUCAUAUCCGGUGCUGGAAGGAGAAAUAGAGAAUGGCAAACCCCAAGGGGCCCCCUGCCCGUGUCCCUGAGAUCUUCUUACAGUAGUGGAAUGUAAAGCUCAUUUACUGUAGUCAACAUAUAAUCUACCUACGUAUGUCACGUCAGUCUACUGUACUGUAUACUCAGCUGUACUGUAUCAUACUGCGCACACUGUCACACAGCUGUUUCUGUGCCGGCCUUCACGGACACAGGAAAAGUAGGGAGGGGGAGGUGGGGGAGGAAUGUACUGGACAUAAUGAAGUGGUACUUACUGUCUGCUUGCACCAAGAGGAAUCCACAUGAGUCGGGUCUUGAAACGUACCGUGGUUGUGGG